GUAGACAAAGCAACUACGAAAAAUAGCAGAGGCAAAAAGAAUCGUAAGAAAAAUACAUUGCAAGUUUUUAGCUUCAUGAAUGGCUGCUAAUUUCAAGUGAAUAUUUUGCGUUUUUCCCAAGUGCUUCCCUUUGGUUGUUGCUCUCGGGGGGUGCGGAUUGAUUCCGGGGAGUGAAAGCAGUGUAAAUGAAGGAAACAACAGCCUCCGGUGGGACAAUGAUAAGCCAGGUAACGGUUGAGGCGCUUCAUUCCGCCACCUACGUGGAAAACUAUUUGGACUCGGUGGAAAAUCUACCGGACGAUGUCCAGAGGCAUUUGUCGCGGAUCAGGGAGAUUGAUGUGCUCUAUCGUAACCAUUUGCGGGAUGUUAGCAUUUACUAUGAGCAGUGGAACAACAGCACAAACAAUGGUGCAAACCAGAUGAAUGGAGGUGGCGCGGGAGCAGGAACUGGUGGAAGCGGUGGUGGGGGAAGUGACUCGUCCUCGACGACUCAAACAACGGAACCGGUUAGUAAUGCCACCAAACGGGCCAUUGCACGUAUCCAGCAAGGGCUGAUUGCAGCGCAGGAGCUGGGCGAUGAAAAGUUGCAGAUUGUGCAACAGUUGCAGGAUAUGAUAGACCACAAGACGCGUCAGCUGGAUCAGGAUUUCAAGAAUCUGGGAAGCGAUUUCUUUUCGAGGUUGGAUUACAAUCGAGAGGAAAAACUAACGGAAGGGCAGCAAAAGGAGGUACGCUCCAACAGUCCUGGUUCUGCAUGCUCGCCAAACAAUGUCAAUUCAUCGCCAGCGGUCUAUGCCUCAGCGGCCGGAAAUGGACAGAAUUCCAGCGGGGCCGGAUCUAACGGUGGUAACGGAUCGUCAACGAUUGCAACAGGAGGAAACUAUGUUUCGAACAGUGGUGGCAAUAAUUCUGGCAAUGGAAAUGGUUCCGGUGUUAGUUCAAACAGUGGCAAUGGUGGAGGCGGAGGUGGAGUAGGUGGUGGUAGCGGCAGUGGAAGUGGAACAGGAGCUGAGCGAGGAUCGAAAAGGGCGAGGCGGGCGCGGAAUGAUCAGAAUAGUACGAAUGGCUCGAGUACACCGAACUCCACCUCCGGAAUGCCAAUGGAUAUCGAUCCCAUUGAUACGAGUAAUAUCAAACCGGAGGUAGGAAUCGGUGGCAGUGGACAAGCUUCAGGAAGUGGUACCAGUGGCAGUGGAGCCGGCGGCAAAAACAACUCUGGACAGUCGAAUAAUAGCGGUCAAGGCAAGAAGGGAGCUGCUGGAUCGGGUAAAAAGAAAAAACGAAAGACAGGUCGGGGACAAGCACGGGAAGCACGAGAAGAUACACCCCCACCAGAAGAGACUAUCGAUCCGGAUGAACCGACCUAUUGCUUAUGUGAUCAGAUCUCCUUUGGCGAAAUGAUCUUGUGUGAUAACGAUCUGUGCCCGAUCGAGUGGUUCCACUUCAGUUGCGUGGCGCUCAUGUCCAAACCGAAAGGCAAGUGGUACUGUCCCAACUGCCGCGGCGACCGACCGAACGUGAUGAAACCGAAGGCACAGUUUCUGAAGGAACUGGAACGUUACAAUAAAGAGAAGGAGGAAAAGACCUAAGUCUUCGUAGGGUAUGGGCUUGAGGAAUAUUUUACUAUUAUGUAAUUUAUUGUAUUUAACUUUAACCAUUUUUCUACAUUCUAAUAAGGGCAAAGAAUCUUUGUUGGAUUUAUGUAUAGGUCUGUUUUUCUAAAACAAUCGAACCUUUAAUUUUGCAUACCACAUUUCUUAAUACCCAAACUAGCGUUGUUUAGAUUUUUGAAACGAUUUUUUUAAAAUAAUGACUAUUUUUCCUAAGAUGUUUAAGUAAGAUUAUGUAGGAAAUAAUUUUUGUGAAUGGUGAACAUGUUUGUUUUUUGCCGAAACUCCUACUUGGAGGAAAAGUGUACUAUUGCUAAUUCAUUUCAUUUUUGGGAUGUUUUUUUUCCUUCUAUGAUGAAAAGAAACGAAACACAUCUGGUAAUAAGCGUGGUAAGCAAAACAAACAACAAAAACUUUACAUUUAUGGAUAAUAUUGUAUUGCGAAAUUAUGAGAAAAAAUAAAAUCGGUUUGACUCUA